AACUAAAAAAUUCUGGUCUCAAAAACUACCAUAAUUUGUUGUAACUAUACAUGUAAUUCAAGUAGAAAUCCACUUAGAAGAAGGAAAGUUGAUAUUUGUGAAUAAAUUGAUCGUUAGAUCAUUAGUGAUUCCAUAUAGAGUUGAAAAUUUUCAUAAGCAUUCAAACAUGCAUUUAUUUAAACACCAUAAAAUUAAAGAAUUUCUUAAUGCACCAUAUAUGUUUACUUACGCACCAUAUGUAAAUAUUGAAAUACCGUUCAGAUUUUGAAGAUGCAUCUCCGAACGCAUCAUGCACCAACGUUAUGGUGCACCAAAUGAGUGCCACCAUAGAUGAAUAUUAAUUUUUUUUUAAGAUGCAUCUCUGGAUAUUUUUAACAAAUAUAAUGAUAGUUGAUCAACUUAGUGGACAUUUCGGAGAUGUAUCUUCGAAAAUUUGAGUUGACAUUUUUAAAUUUGCUGUCAUCUUUGCAUGUCAGAUAUUUUUGGAGAUGCAUCUUCAGAAUAAUUGGAUAAAACACAGAGUUGCAUGAUCAUACAACCAUACUUGUUUUUCACUCAAAACCCUCACAAAAAACCCUUUCAUUCUCAAUCCACAUUUUCACUCAAAUUCUUCAAUCUUGUGUUUCAUCACAUCAAAGGGAGCAAAAGAAAUUGGAAUUCCAGAGAUAUAUUUCUGGAACAAGUAUGAACUCAUCCUGAGAUGCAUUUCUGGUAUGCGUUUGUGUUUAUUUUUUCAGUCUUGUUUACAACAUUAGCACUUAUUUACUGUUAUGUGGUAAUUGUUUUCAUUAGAUAUGAUGCACCAAAAUGUUUUCCCCAAAAAAGUUGUGUCUCUCAUUGUCAAAGGUGUUGUUGUGAAUGCGGUAGAUGCUGACAACCAAUUUAAAAAUGAGCAGGAUUUUGAAUUUCAUGAUCACAUGCUUCAAUGGAUUCGUUUGGAAGCCUCCAAACUGAGAUUUGGUGUGGUUAUCAGAAGGUCUGGUAAUGGUUCGAAUAAAAGCUGUACUUUUGUGAUAAUGUCGUGCGAAAGAAGUGGGAAAUAUAUACCUCCUCUCCGAAAUUUUAAACGCAACGACAUCGAUUCAAGAAAAUGUGAGUGUCCCUUUAAGGUGUGUGGUUAUAUGUUAGCAAACAAUAAAUGGAGAUUUAAUGUCAUAUGUGGUUUACAUAACCAUGACUUGUAUGAAAAGUUAGCCGACCAUCCAAUUGCGUGUUGUCUCAUGCCUGAAGAGAAAAAAUGUGUUACUGACAUAAUAUUGAAUUUGAUUCAAUCGAAAAAUAUACUCUCAGCUUUGCAACGUAAUAGACCAGAAAAUAUCUCAAAUAUCAAGCAAGUCUACAAUAUUCGGUAUCAAACCAACAAGGCACUGAGGGAGGAUAAAAUUGAAAUGCAACAACUCUUGAAACUAUUGGAUGCUAACAAUUAUGUGUGUAGGUACCGAACGUGCGAUGAUGGAGUUACCGUUAGAGAUAUAUUUUGGACUCAUCCUGAUUCUAUCAAGUUGUUCAACACGUUUUCUACUGUGCUCAUACUUAAUUCAACGUUUAAGACCAACAAGUAUAGACUUCCAUUAUUGGAGAUGAUUGGUGUUACCUCUUAUGAGAAGACAUAUUCUGUCGGGUUUACAUUUCUAGAGAGUGAAAAAGAGGAUAAUGCUACUCUGGUCUUACAGGUGUGUCGGACAAUAUUGAAGGACAAAAAAAAGAUACAUAAAAUGAUUGUUACCAACCGCGAUACCGUCUUGAUAAAUUCGAUUGCAAAGGUAUUCCCUACUUCUUAUGCAUUCGUCAAACAAUGAUAAAAAAAUGUGUACCCUGAUAGAUCAUUCUUAAACUCAAAAUUUAGCAAUUUAUAAGUUACUUGGGAUAAUAAUUUGGAUUCAAGGAAAAUA